AUGAAGAUAAUCCGCUCACACACGCCUACAGAGAUAGACACGGACGAUUCUCGAGCUGUUACUCCACGAGCACCAGAACAGAAAGAGAACGUUCCGGAGAAGGCAAAUACCAAGGAGGUCGUUUUUCUUGAAGAGGAAAAAGACUUACCUUCUCCUUCCAGUCAUUCAGACUCAGAAGAGGAAGCAGUUCCUCUCCCCCCUCUUUCUCCGCAGGACACAUUAACUGUUGAAGGAGAAAAUAACGAGAAUGCUCCUUCUGCAGCAGCCAAUCAAACUACUCUCCAAUUUAUAAACACCUUCACUCCACUAAACGACGACAACGAGUUUUACGAUCUAGAAGACGCGGCUCGCUAUUUCAGCCGCCAAAAUGAGACAAGAACUUGCCAUCUCUGUGGAAAUCCUGGGCAUCUUUCGCGAAAUUGCCCGCUCGCGAACACCACGAACGUUUGCUUCUUCUGUGCACAGCCCACUCACAACUCCAGAUCCUGCCCGUUGGUCGUGUGUAGACGGUCGAUUUUUAUCUCUCCACUGAUGUACAGGUGCCACAAGCCUGGUCAUGAAUCAAAUGCUUGCUCCGAAAAGUCGAUUCCGCCCUUCUGUCACUAUUGUUCGUCUCGCCUCCACCAGCCCGAUGACUGCCCAAUCAUUCCACACCCCUACGAUAAGGCCGUGUUUCAACUCAUGCACUGCGUUUGCUGCGGAAAGCAGGGACAUUUGGUCUGUAAGCCGCAGCCUGCUCUGUCCAAGGGGUAUGGAGGAAGAUGCGCGGUCUGCGGGUCACCCAAUCACUCGUAUGUUCAAUGUCCCAGUCGAAAUUCGCACCGAACUGCUCAUACAGCUGCACAAGAGAAUGGCGGAGCUUGUUUUAUCUGUGGAAAGAUGGGACAUUUCGCCUCAAAAUGCCCUUUAAAGAAGAGAGGAGAUUCAGGUAUCGUGAUGCCGGGAAGAAAUGGCCAGCAGAAGAGAAGUGGUCGUGAUGGAGGAUAUGCCAAGAGAAUAAGGGAGUGA